CUCCCGGUGGGAGCGGAGGCGGAGCGGAUUGCCCCGGGGCAGGACGGAGCCUUCCGAAAUGUCCGGCCUGUGUCCUCUUGGGUAGAGUUCGUUUUAAGAGAGACUCUUGUCUUGCCUGGUAUGGUAGGACACCUGUCCCUAUGAGGUAUGACUCUGCCUUCCGCCUCCGCUGAGAUCCCCUCAGUAUAAAACGCCAGAUGGUCUAGGCCGGCGGAGGCGCUCGGUGCCGGGCGCUCUGGAGUCACCUGAAGAGUCAAGGGCAGCCUGCGCACGCAUGCGCAGAGGGCAGCAUGGGGGCCCGGAGCCGCUGAGCCCCUUUGCCGAGUCUGUGAAGAACAUCACUAGGAAGAACUCUGGGUACAACAAUGAACACAAUGUAUGUGAUGAUGGCUCAAAUCCUUAGAUCUCAUCUGAUAAAUGCUUCAGUGGUUCCUAAUCGAAAGAAAAUGCUUCCAUAUCUUGGUGUUAUUAGAAAUAGGAUGAUGUCAACUCAUAAAUCCCAAAAGAGGAUCACAGAAUAUUAUAGGCUGCUGAAUCUGGAUGAAGGAUGCUCUGCAGAUGAUGUCAGGGAAUCUUUUCGUAAACUUGCCAAGCAAUACCAUCCGGACGGUGGCUCUGGUACCGCUGACUCUGCAACAUUUAUAAGGAUCGAAGAAGCUUAUAGGAAAGUGCUUUCCCACGUGAUAGAACAAACAAAUGCCAGACAGAGUAAAGUUGAAGAGGCAGAAGAAGAAGAAGAAAAAUUCAAAUAUAAAACACCCCAACACAGGCAUUAUUUGAGUUUUGAAGGUAUUGGUUUUGGAACUCCAAGUCAACGAGAGAAGCAAUAUAGGCAAUUUAGAGCAGACCGUGCAACUGAGCAAGUGAUGGAAUACCAAAAGCAUAAACUACAAAGCCAGUAUUUCCCUAAUAGUGUAACUGUUAAAGAUGUAAGACAGAGUAAGGAACAAAAGAUAACUCAAGCAAUAGAGCGAUUGGUGGAGGAUCUCAUUCAAGAGUCAAUGGCAAAAGGAGACUUUGACAAUCUCAGUGGGAAAGGAAAACCCCUAAAAAAAUUUUCUGGCUGUUCAUAUAUUGAUCCCAUGACUCACAACCUGAACAGAAUAUUGAUAGAUAAUGGAUACCAACCAGAAUGGAUCCUAAUGCAAAAGGAAAUAAAGGAUACUAUUGAUCAACUCAGAGAGGCAAUUUUAGUGUCAAGGAAAAAACUUGGGAAUCCAAUGACACCGACUGAACAGAAACAGUGGAACCAAGUUUGUGAGCAGUUUCAAGAAAACAUCACAAAACUAAACAAGCGCAUUAAUGAUUUUAACUUAAUUGUUCCCCUCCUGACCAGGCAAAAAGUCCAUUUUGAUGCACAGAAAGAAAUUGCCAGAGCCCAGGAAAUAUAUGAGACCCUUAUAAAAACAAAACAAGUCAGAGAUAAAAACCCAAAUAACAUUGAUCAGGGAGAAGGGGAGAAAACACCUGGAGUCAAGCCAGGUUUUCUAAACUGGAUGAAUGUAUGGAAAUUUAUUAAAAUAUGAGCAUUUCAGUGUUCACAGUACUGCCCCAAAUCAUUUUCAGUUGCACUGACAUCACACAUAGAGGCUGAUUUAUUGCUAUAACACAAGAGUUUGAGAAUUGUGUGCCUCUGUACUUUUCAGAAAACCUGAUCACGUCUCCAGUGUCAGGGAGAAAGCUGUAAGAAACUGAGCCAGCGAAAUGUUCAACCAGCUUCGUUCUGAGCAUAUAGCAAGAAGAGAAAAGAACUUCCAAGAAAACAGCUUAAUCCGUUUCAGAGUUUAAAUAUCAGUCGUCAGGUGAAAUGAGUUAAGACAGGGACUCAGACUGGGGAUCAUAAAGCGUAUUCCAACAUCUUAGUGCAGUUUUAAGGUUUAAUAACUUAAAAACAGUUGCUGUUUGCCAUAUUCAAACACAGGUACUUCAACAACAAAAACUAAAAAUGUGUUAUCAAAAGUCACAAAACUAAAGAAGUGUAAAAUGUAGGCAAGUUAAACCUCCAGAUGAUAUAUGUUUUUUUGAAAAUUUGCUGCAUUUAUAUACCUGAGGUUAUUAAAGCUCAAAACUGUUCUAAGACUUUUGGGACACUCUCUGCAUGGUUGGAAAUGUUAAGAUCAGGAAACUAGCCUAAUGGAGUUGCUGCACUCUUCUUUUUUUAUAAAGGCCUUCUCCGUGGGUACUGAAUUAAAAAUAUCUGGGUUGUACUUUUCCUGCCUAACUUCAUGAUCCAUUGGCUGCAGCAAUUGAUCAGCCAAGCUAGUUGAUUUAGUUUGUUCUGGAAAUAAACCCCAGUGUCCACUUUUAAA